UGAGGAAGUGUUUAUAAGUAAGUAUGUCCGUUCGUGUAGUGCUUUGUUGUCAAGCUUCGGCGCACACAUAAAAUGUCGACUGACUCACACAGAGAGACAGACAAGGGGAGCACCGCAUUGCGGGGCUCUGGGAUGCACACCUAUGUCGUAACACUCUAUGUCAGUCACAUCACACACACUCAGGCACGAUAAAUGCUAUGCUCCAGCGCUCCCACACGCAGCUGUUCGUGUCGCUUUGCGUGUGUCAAGUCAUGUAUCAUCCUCCCUCCUCAAACGAAUGCGGGUCUCGCAUCAUCACAUCGACUGCCCCACACCCACACCCACACCCAUAUACACAUCACUCCCUCUCGACGUGGUUGUAGUCGGUGUACACCCACCGCCUCUCCAGCCCAUGAAGCCGAUAAGCGCCAUACCCACACACACCCGACACAAGCAGGGGGACCCCCCACAGCGCAGCCCCGCCCAUGCAGGACAUCAGGAAGCGGCUCAGCAGGCCGCCGGGCGGGAAGAGGAAGGCCAUGGCCGCCACUGACGUAAGGGCAUCGAGACCAAGACCGAUCGACAGGACGGUGGUGAGGGAGCGGAGCACCCUGGUGAUGGCGUACCUGCAGGCAGCCACGAACAUAAGACACUGACUGCCAUGUGUGUGUGAUGGGACUCCGUGUGUCUGUCUGUCUGUCUGCGCUUGCUUACGCUUUCCUGCAGAUGGGGCAGUACUUGGUGUGAGACUCCCAACGGUCAAAGAGCUUUUUUCUGUCGGUCAUGAGAGGCCCCAGCUGCCCGGUGCUGCCCUUCCAUGAGGGCUUCCCGCCGCCGUCAUUCAUCAGCCACCGCCGGAAGGACCUCACCGCCGUGUCAGCGGGAGCCGGCAUGUAAUAGGCCCGGUCAAAUUUCUCAAGACCUGUGCACACACAGGGUGUCGAAAUGAGUGGAAGCAGGAGGGAUUUGGUGGCUGUGUGCCUGUCGGCUGGUCGGUCAGCUGACUGACCAUUUUCGUGUUCUCUGAGCCGCCGUUCUUGGUAGUGCACAUGCAUGUUGUCGCCAUCCGUGACGGCCAUGUUCUCAAGGUGGUCAUCCCACCGCAUCAGACUCUUUCUGCACACCACAGACAGACAGACAGACCGACAGGCAUACGCAGCCAUCCAUCCAUCCACGCUGGUCUGCCUACUCGGCUGGCUGACACAUCCGUCCAUCCAGUCACUCGUGGUGCUUACACGUUCCGCCAUCUGGUCCCCGCACUCGCAACGAAUCGCGUGAUGAUGUAGGAUUGUCCGGGGGCCGAUGGGACGGCAUAGACCACCAGGUAGAACUUGUGGCCGUCCAGCAUCCCGCUUUUAACGGGCUUGGUGAUCUUGGGCGCCAGGCCUAUCUUGGACAACAGCCUGACCACACAUACACAUGCGCCGUGCGUCGCCACGGCUGGCCUGACCUUGUUACCUGAUGAUGGGCCUCUUCUUCAGCACUCCGGCGAGCUGCGAAAAGUCGAUCUGGUAGUACAGCAGGCAGGGAGGCCUGAAGUGGAUGCGCGUCGUCAGGUUGGUGCCGAAGAGGUCUUGUAUGGAGGUGACGGCGAAGCCAGCGUCGGUCAGGUUGUCCACCUUCAUUCUAAUCGGCCCGGCUCGGUUGCGGUUGCCCUGCGUGUGGAAGGACCACACACACAAGCCAACAGCCAGCAUGAGCUAGCUGGUCGGUCCAUGGAAGCACACCUGUAUGCCGUGGUGAGCGAACGGCACGUGGGAUGGAUCCCCCACGUUUUCCACCUGCACCCCAUGCACACGUGGAUCGACACACUCGUCACGUCAAUCACAUCAGAUGCGGGUCGGGUGCGUCAUCCAGCGGGCCACUCACUCACAAGUGUGUCGUAGUUGUAGUUGAGCACCCGGAAGAAGAGGCCGUUGUCUUUGGUCUUGAUCAGCUCGGGCACCGUGUCAAACUCAGCCACGGUCGCCGGCUCCACUUCCCUCGACGCUGCCCAGCCUUCACGCGUGCUGAACCAAGACACACCAACACGCAUACCCAACUAGCAUCCCCAUCUCUGGGUGCUGCUCCGACGUGCCGACCUGUCAGGGAAUAUCCAGAUUAGCGCGUGUGCCUCCGUGCACGGCACUGUCUGGAGGCACGCCCGCUUGUUCUUCCUGGCGGCCUCCUGCGCCUUGGCCUCCACUUGAGGGAUCUUGGUGCACGCUCCUGUCCCAUCGAACUCCCAGCCAUGGUAGGUGCAGUGCAGCUUGCCGUCGUCGCUGAUGCGGCCCUCAGACAGCGGCGCCAGGCGGUGCGGGCAAGCGUCCUUGGCCGCGGCGAACUUCUGCGUCGCCUCGUCCCACCACACCACGAAGUGCUCAUUGAGUACGGUGAACUGACGCGGUUGCUUCUUGCCCAGAUCACUUGCAAUCGCCACGGGAUACUGCACAAGACAAGACAAGACAAGACAGCGGUCGAUUGGGUGUGUGAGCGGGAGCCGGUGCGGUUCAUGCGUCUGCCCACCCACUGUCGCCACCAAUCGAAGGUGCCGGCAUCCUCCUUCUCCGAAGCCUCAGACGCCUGCAAGGCAUCAAUGAGCCAAGCAACAGGACUGGCCGCGUGGCUCAUCCAGCCUGAGGGCGGAUCAUUGCUCACUGCUGGCGUGAAUGACAGCUCGAUGUUGUCGGUCCGAGGUGGCAUUGUCUUGGCUGCCGGUGAUGGCGCGGUCAGCACUGCAGACGGAAGAGCGGUGCGACGCGCUGAUCUCCUUCCCCCUGAAGCACCGAAUAGCCGGCCUGCAAUGGAAUCAACGUACAAACAAAAUGAAUGGCGACGGAUGCACAUCUUCUCGACCUGGCUGGGUUGCAUGAUAAGCAAGGCAUCCUUGCAGAGCGAAUGUCAUGAUCAGCAGCACUGCAUUGCCGCAGACCACACGAUGCUCCUUCAUCUUCCCUGAUAUGGAUGCUUGACAAAAUCAACGGGACCUCUAGCGAGGACAAGCUCCCAAUGCACGUAGAAGGAACAGAUCUCAGGGGAAAAGGAAGAAGAGGCGAGGAUGUGUUCGGUG